AUGACGUCUUCCGUCUUCUUCAAGUUCAAGUCCCAAAGGGAACCCACUAGAGUCGAAUUCGACGGCACCGGCAUCUCAGUCUUUGAGCUCAAGCGUGAAAUCAUCAUCAAGAGCGGACUUGGCGAUGGCUCUGAUUUCGACCUUCAUAUAUACACCGAUGAUAACAGCGAGGAAUAUGAUGACGACACCACCAUUAUUCCCAGAUCAACAACGGUGAUCGCUCGACGUCAGCCAGCCGUCAAGCAAGGCGCGGGGCGGGCUGCCCGUUACGUAUCUGGCAAGAUGCCUUCAACGGCCAAGAAUGCUGGUCGCAAAGAGCAAGCAGCAAAGGCCUCGGCAUCAAAACCUAGUUCUAACGCAAUCAACCAAAUGAACAAUGCCAUGACCGAAGAGGAGAAGAUGGCAGCCAUGUUUGCAGCGCAGACCGAGCAGUGGUCAGCCCAGCAGGAAGAGAUGUCACACCAAACACCCGUCUUCAAGCCCGGUGCGAAGAGGCCAGCAAAUGUCCCAGACCAUGACCCCCCGAAUGGCUACAUUUGCUACCGAUGUGGCAACAAGGGCCACUGGAUUCAACUGUGCCCUACUAACGACGAUCCUGAGUUUGACAAUCGCCCGAGAGUCAAGCGAACUACUGGAAUUCCCCGUUCGUUCCUGCAAAAGGUCGACAAGUCUGUUGUGCUAGCUCAGACUGACGGCGACGAAUCCAAGCGCCCCUCGGGCAUCAUGGUGAACGCUGAAGGAGAUUUUGUCAUUGCCGAACCAGACAAGGCAUCUUGGGAACAGUUCCAGGCCAAGGCCAAGUCUUCCUCCGCUGCCAAGGCACCCCUGGCCGAGGACAAGGAGAUUCAAGAACGGGGCUUGGAGUGUUCGAUCGACAAGAAGAUGUUCAUAGAGCCAAUGAAGACUCCGUGCUGCCAGAAGACCUUUUGCAAUGAUUGCAUAACCAAUGCUCUCAUCGAAAGCGACUUCGUCUGCCCUGCCUGCCAGUCAGAAGGCGUGCUGAUUGAUGACCUCCUACCAGAUGAGGAGACAUCGAAGAAGAUUCAGGAUUAUCUGAAGGAGAAGGAGGCAGCCAAAAGCCCACCCCCUCCAUCACCCAAGGCGUCAGGUGAAGCCAAGGCCGAUGGAGAGAAGGAGGACAAGCCUGCUGUGGAGGCUGACAAGCCGGAGCAAAAGCCCGAGAGCGAUGCUGCCGACAAGUCCAAGGAUUCACCAAAGGAGAAGUCAAAUUCACCCGCCUCUCAAAAGGCAACUGUCAAGUCUCCACCAACUGGUCCCAAGAGCCUCGUCCCCGCUUCACAAGACGCGGACAAGCAGGUCGACGGCGCCAAGCCCACGGAUGUCAACUCCAAGAAGCGACCUGCAGACGAUAUUCUCGACAAUCCCCGGAUUCCCAAGGGUCCCAAGGCGAUGCAGAACCAGCAAAACAUGAUGCCCAACAUGAUGAAUGGCAUGGGUAUGAACAUGGGAAUGAAUAACAUGAUGUUCAAUGGCAUGCCCAUGAUGCCAAAUAUGAUGCCAAUGCCAAACAUGGGCAACAUGAACAUGAACAUGGGCAUGAUGGGUAUGCCCAACAUGAUGGGCAUGCCAGGGUUCCCCGGUAUGAAUGGUGGCUUUGGAGGCAUGAACGGUUGGGAUAUGGGAAUGAAUGGUAUGAACGGCAUGAAUGGCAUGAAUGGCAUGAACGGAAACAUGGGUAUGAACGGAGGCAUGAAUGGAGGCAUGAACGGCUUCCAGAACGGCAACUUUUCCCAGGGCGGUAACGCUGGCGACGAAGACGCCUACUUCCGCAAGCCCGUCAACCCCCAUCGACACCAGAACAAGCAGCGAAGAGUUCGACCCAGCGACUAUCGAGAGCUGUGA